AUGGCCGACGAAGAGGUUCAAGCUCUCGUCGUCGACAAUGGGUCAGGAAUGUGCAAGGCCGGUUUUGCUGGUGAUGAUGCGCCUCGAGCCGUCUUCCCAUCAAUCGUUGGAAGACCCCGACAUCAGGUAACGACAUCAGACAACUUGUAUCAAAAUCACUCUUUGUCAUUUAAUGCCCUUAGAAAUCAAUUGAUAAAAGUAGGUUGA